ACAAUAGUAAUAAUAAAUAUAGUUAUUACCGCAUCAUCUUCAGCAAUUGUAAUUUUGAUUACUUUACAUCGAUUACGUACCAGGUGUCUAAAAUCUUUCUGGUAAUAAAGCGGAAAAGAAAUGCUGUGUAAUUGUUUAGAACCCUCCCCUUCCUUCAUCUCUGAUUUUGAUAAAAUUUAAUUUAUUCGACGCGUUUCUACAUGAAACAAAGGAAUUUGGCCGAAAAAAUGCGACACAGUCCCGCGAAGUGAGAUAUUAAUAAUGAAAAUUGACUAUUCAGACCGCGCCUUGGAGAGGAGCGGGAAGGGGAGAAGAAUGGAACCUUCCGCAAUAUCACAAAAUAUGUACAUGUACAAGUUGGAAACCCACAAACGAUUCUACUUUCCACACGAGUUUACAACUUUUCAUACAUAGCGAGAACAGGGAAGAUCUUUCACACAUAACUGACAGACUUGCUAACCUAAAGUUGUCAACUUUACUCAUUAAUAUCUCGCUUUGCAGGGCAGGUCACAUUUUUUUAGGCUAAAUUUUUUUCAUUUCAUACAGAAACGCAUCGAAUGAGCCUAAUUUUACCAAAAUCGGAGAGUUUGCCAAGUUGAGUCUUGAAUCAUCAUUCAUUAUCAGUAUUUUAUGACAUAAUCAUUGAUUAUAUCGUCUCCGAUACUUGAGAAGGAAGGCGGGAGCCAUUAAGAUUAGAAUUGGAAAUUGGAGAUGUAUAUAAUCAUACAUACAGCAACACAAUGAAGUGCCACUAUGAAGUAUUAGGAGUUGCAAGAGAUGCCCCUGAUGAUGAAAUAAAAAAGGCAUACAGGAAGCUAGCAUUGAAAUGGCAUCCAGACAAGAAUCUCGAAAGCCCAGAUGAAGCUAAAGAACAGUUCCAGCUUGUCCAGCAGGCAUGGGAGAUAUUGAGCGACCCCCACGAACGUGCUUGGUACGACAAUCAUCGAGAGGCCAUCCUGAAGGGUGGUAUCGGAGAGGAUUACAAGGAUGACUCCAUUAAUCUUUUCCCAUAUUUCUCUCUCUCAUGCUUCAAAGGUUAUGGAGACGAUGCGAAGGGUUUCUAUACCAUCUACAGAAACGUUUUUGAGCAAUUGGCAGCGGAAGACGCUGAGUUUGCCAAAGACAGUGAGUCCGACGAAGAGGUUCCCAGCUUCGGCGACUCUCAGAGCUCAUACGAAGAUGUGGUAGGCGAUUUCUACGCUUACUGGCAGAGUUAUAGCACUAAGCGAUCCUAUGCUUGGCUGGAUCCAUACGAUAUACGUGAAAUACGGAAUCGACGCAUUCUCAGAAUUGCUGAGAAAGAAAACAAGAAAGUGCGCGAUAAGGCGAGGCGUGAGAGGAACGAGCAAGUGCGAAAUUUGGUCGCCUUCGUCCGUAAACGCGACAAGCGAGUACAAGCAUACGCGGCGAAGCUGGCCGAACGCGCUCGUGAGAACUUUCGCAAGGCAGAGGAGCGAAGGAAGGCACAUCUGUUGGAGAGGCAGAAACUAUUGCGGGAUCAGAUCGAAUCUGAAUGGUCCAAGUUCUCGAACAUGGAAGCAGAGUUGAAGAACAUUGAGGCGAAUCUGACGGCAGAAUUUGGGACAGAUGAUAGGAAAGUAACAACAAGAAAUAGCAAUCCAGAAACGUUUUACUGUAUCGCCUGUGAUAAGGUUUUCCAAACGCACAAAGCCUUUACGAAUCAUGAGAAUUCAAAAAAACAUAAAGAAAAUGUCAGUGCACUCAAAUACGUUAUACCGAACGAGGUUGAGGACGAGGACCAUGAAAGCUCUCGGGAAAGCGAUUCGAGUACAAAAGAAGAAUCAGUUUCGCUAAAUGGACCCAGGUUGGCAACAGAUUCACAGAUGCCCGAUUUCUUGUUAAACCUUCCUUGUAGCGAGAAAGACUCAAGACGAAACGAUGACGAGGAUAAUAGUAAUAUCUCUCCUGCCGAACUGAUGUCGGACGAUGAGGAAAAUCCAGAAUGUUCUCAAUCGACAGUCGACAAAAAGAAGAUAAACAACUAUGGAGAUGUCCUAUUGGCUGCAGCACCAGAGAUGGGCGAAAGUACAUCAUUUUCACCUAAAGUGGAAAAUGAAGAUGAUGACAUAACAUCCGAGGAUGAAUUAAUGUCUGAUCAGGACGAAGACGACGCAUUGUCGAGUCGUCAGAAGAAAAAGAAGAAGAGAAAACGUAAUAUUCAGAAUCCUAUGCUUGAACUUGCUAGUGAUGACGACACGGAGAGCAUUAAGGAGGAAAUAUGGCUGUCGAAAAAACAACGAAAAAAGUUACAACAGAGAAAAGUGGAAAUAAAUAAACAGUUGCGAAAGGAAGAGACGCGUAAAGAAGAGGAACAAGAAAUAGAGGAAACAGAAAGUAGAGCGAUGGAAGAAGCAAGUGUUAUUAGCGAAAGACUAAAAACCGACAAAGCAAAGAAAAAUUCUAAAAAAGAGGAACGAGAGAACAGGAGCAAAAAUAAAAAGGAUCCGAUCGUGAAUAUGGAUGAAUUAGCUCAUCGCUGUGUUUCUUGCUCAUCCGAAUUUCCUAGCAAAAAUAAAUUAUUUGAGCAUUUAAAAAAAACUGGACACUCCGUAUAUAUACCAGAAUUAUCGAAAAAUAAAAAGAGCCAAGAGAAGAAGAAAAAAGUAACAUCUAAAGAAAAAGAUGACUCAGAUAAGAAAAAACGUUGAAUCCAACUUAUUAAGAAGUGUCAAAUUAUUAUCAUAAUUAAAUAAUAAGUUUAAUUUGUUAUAAUUGAUAUGAAAGAUGUCUUAUGUGUAUGAUACACACCCCCUCAGGAUUCUAUAUAGGAAUUACGUUUUUGUGUACAUAUCUUGUACAAAGACCUAUUAAAAUACUUUUAGUUUAGUUAGUGAUGACCUCCAAUUUCUUUAAGACAAUAUUAUCAAUUUAGAUAUUAUCAGAUCAGACGAUGAUUAGCAAUCAAAUGUAAAUGUGUU